AUGGCGGCCCCCAGUGCCGCCAGCGGGGGCGCCUCUGGCAUGUCCCUGGGCGGGGGCCCCCCGGAGGCGGCGACGACCGUGCCCGUCGGGGGCGGGUCUUCUGGCGCGUCCCCAGACGGGGAAGCGGCGGAGGGGGCGGCGACCGUGCCCGUCGGAGGCGGGCAGGGGCCUGCCAGCCUGAUGGCGCAAACGGGGGACGCCGCGGAGCCUUGCAUGGAAGACCUGUUCUCAGAGCCGUCUGCGGACGAGGGCGACUUCUGGGGCGCCGUCGACGAGGAUUGUGACGCGAGGGCCAAGCAGCAGGAAGCGCAAGCACUAAUGCUCGUGGCGCAGAAGUUUCGAGAUGAUGCCCGUCGCACCCGCGAGGCUCGCGCCCAGAUCGGAGCCUGGGCCCCUUUGACGCCCCAGAAGCCCAAGCAGACGCUGAUUUCGAGGUUCAUGGUGGACACGCCGAGCCCGCCAGCCGCGCAGGACCGCCCCCUUGAGGGCCGCAGAGGCCGGCGGGGGCCACGGCGCCCUUGCUACAUGAACGCCGCGGAGAGGGAGCAGGCGAUCAAGAAGGAGGCGAUCAGGCAGCAGGACGAGGCCUUGAGGAUCCAGGCGCUCGAGUUGGAGAGCCAAGCGAAAGCGGCCGAGGAAUUGAGCAAAGAGGCCGCGGCGGUGGCAAGCCAGGCCAUCACAAUCCUCGAGCCCGACGACGCCGUCAGCGACGUGGUGAAGGCGGCGGAGGUUCUUCAGGUCAUCCGCCGCAGAGGGCGCGGCAGACCGCCGCACACGGCGGAGCAGAAGGCUGCGGCGAAGGAGAGGAAAGCCAAGGUGAAGGCGCAGAAGGGCAAGCUCCAACCAGAAGACAGGGAGAGGAUGCAAACGCCGAGCGCCAUUGCCAGGGGCAUGAUCGUUGAUCGCGUGGACGCCCUGUCGAAGCAGGUCGACAACUACACCACCGACGGAUUCUGGUCGCUCGCCGAGGACCUCUGCGGGGCCCCCGCGAGCAUGCUGAAACGGUUCGCGAAGCCCGAGGAGAGGGCGAAGCUUUCUCGCUACUUGGAUGCCCGCGGCCCUGAGAGGUCAGAAGAGGAUGGCACCAAGAAGAAGACCUACGAAUCGCCCGUCAAGGACGUGUACGAUUACGUCAAAGCGUGGAAGGACAGGCAGGAGGAGAUCGGUUUCGAGCUGAACCAGGAGGACUUGGUCGACGAAUUCGAACUCGAGCUGGAGAGCAGGGCGUUCGACCUCAAGGAGAGCGGGGCUGACGUCAAGCUGCUGUCGGAGAUGGAGAAGCGCCUCGCCAAGUUGACUUCCCCAGCGAAUCGGAAAUAUGCUCGGGCGCGGCUUGGCAGCUGGUGCGGCGUGGUCGAGCACAAGCCCUCCAACGUGGUGCCGUUCACGGCGGCCGAGAACGACCUCAUCUGCAAGUUGUCUUACCAGGCGUGGGACUGGCUCGUUGAUCUGCUCAUGACCGCCAGCGUGGACGAGCUGCAGGGCUUCGUCGCUGACGCCCAGGGGCUCGUGGACAACAGGCAGCAGCUGGCCGUCGUCGCCCAGGACGCCUCCCCAGUCUACCUGGACUGCAGCGCGGGAAAGGUUCUGGUUAGGACGUCGUUUCUGGACGAGCGCCAGAAGCGGCGGGGGCUGCGCCUCGCGGCCCAGGACCCAAACGCGCCCGUGCCGGAGAUCAUGUCGGUGGCGCAGCCGAGCGACGCCGUGGGCUCCAGCAGGAGGGAGAAGAACAGGUGGGCGCCCGCAAUCGACGCCCGGCUUCCGGCCACGUGCGUCCAGCGCGCUCUCGCUGCACAUGCCUGA